AUGGAGCUGCUCUGGGGGUCUCUGCUGCUGGUGGCUGCUUGUGUGCCUGCCGCCCAGGGCUGGCCAGAGGACCACGUCAAGGACGCUGACCUCGACAUGCCCCAGCCCUUGCACCUUGUGGAGGAAGGCAACCUGAAGGUGCUGACCGCCGCGGGCCUGACCCAGAUGCUGAACCAGACCCGCUUCCUCAUGGUGCUUUUCCACAACCCAUCCUCCAAGCAGUCCAGGAAGCUGGCCAAGGAGCUGGGCAAAGCCGUGGAGAUCGUGGGCAAAAACAAGAAUGGGGUCGGCUUCGGCAGAGUGGACAUCACGGUCGAGAAGGAACUUUGCAAAGAGUUUGACAUUGAGAAGGCCCCAGAGUUGAAGCUGUUUUUUGAGGGCAACAGGACAGAGCCCAUCAACUGUGAAGGGGUGGUGGAAGCUGCUGCCUUGGUCGUCUGGUUGAGAAGACAAAUUAGCCAGAAAGCAUUUUUAUUCACCGACACCGAGCAGGUGGCAGAGUUUGUGAAAACCAGGCCCUUGGUGAUCAUCGGCUUCUUCCAGGAUUUAGAAGAAGAAGCAGCAGAGUUGUUCUUUGAUGUGAUCAAAGACUUCCCAGAGCUAACGUUUGGAGUGAUGUCGAUUAGUAACGCCUUUGGGCGUUUCCACGUCAUCCUUGACAGUGUGCUGGUGUUUAGCAAGGGAAACAUUGUGAACCGCCAGGAACUUAUUAAUGACAGCACCAACAAAAAUGUCCUGAAUCAAGUCAUCAAGCCACACCUCACAGGUUUUGUUAUUGAAUACAACACUGAGAAUAAGGGUCUCAUUUAUGAACUGCAAGUCAUGAAUCACAUGCUGCUUUUUGCCUCCAAGAGAGCCAGAUCGUUUGCUAUGAUAAUGCAGCAUUAUAAGCUGGCCGUGAAGGAGUUUCAAAACAAGAUCCUCUUCAUCUUUGUGGAUGCAGAUGAACCCAAAAACAGACAUAUCUUCGAGUACUUCCAGAUCACAGAGGCCAAUGUCCCUUCUGUCCAAAUUCUGAACUUAAGUUCAGAUGCAAGGUACAAAAUGCCUUUUGAGAACAUAACCUUCCAGAACCUCAAGCACUUUGGCCGCAGAUUCCUGAGUAGAAGUGCCAAGAAACACCAGUCCAGUGAAGAGGUCCCAAAAUAUUGGGACCAGGGGCCAGUUAAGCAGCUCGUUGGGAAGAACUUCCACCUCGUCGUCUUUGACAAGGAAAGGGACGUUUUUGUGAUGUUCUAUGCACCGUGGAGUGCAGUGUGCCGGGCGCUGUUCCCCGUGCUGGAGGAGCUGGGCCUCAGGUACCAGAACCACUCCACGCUCACCAUCGCCAAGAUCGACAUCACAGCAAACGACGUCCCGCUGACGGACCAGGGCCGCUACCCCUUCUUCAGGCUCUUCCCCACCAACUCGCAGCCGGCAGUGCCGUAUAAGGGAGAGCACACCGUGAGGGGCUUUUCUGAUUUCCUGGAGAGUCAGAUCCAGACCAGGCUGCAGGAUGCAGCUGAGCUAUCGUCUGUUGAGCCAAGUGAAGAGGUCGGAGAGGAGGCAUUGGCGAAGCAGGAGUUACCUGAACAGAAGUCGCCUGAGCUGGGGAAUGUGACCAGGCUGGAAGAGCCCGGGCAGGAGGCAGCUGCUGAGGAGGAGGGGGAGGGGGCCAAGCCAAAGGGACCCCCAGGGAGGAGGAAGAGGCCGGGAGUGAAGGUGGAGCUGUAG